AUGAAUCAAUUAACCAAGGAAAUUUUAAAGAGUUGUGCAAAUUGUAUGCUAAAUCUGUACCAGAUUUUGAAAAUAUGUAUUUUAAAGAUACAAUUAUAUAGUGGGAGAAUUCAAAAUGAAAUUAUUGAUAUUUGUGAUAUUUAUUGGAUUUGUCGUUACAAGAACUGUGAAGCAAUUAUUAAUAAUAAUAUAGCAAUUAUUGCUACUCUCCAAAAAGAAGUUGAAGAUCAAUAUGACAAAGAUGUAGCGCAAGCAAUAGGUAUUUUAAAUUCAAUACAAAACAGUGAUUUUGUUGUAGUUGUAUUUAUACUUUAUGAAGUUUUAUCAAUCAUAAAUGUGUUAAGUCAGCAGAUUCAAAGCAAAUCGGCUACUUUGAGUAAAUCUGUAAAUGUCAUAAAAAGUGUUGUAUUGUCGUUUAACGAUUUACGUUCCAAUUAUGCAUUCUCUUUAUUCUGGAUUAAAGUAAAAGAUUUUUGUGAUGAUAAUGAUAUAGUAUUGACAACACCAUCUACAGGAGGAGUUCAAAGUCAAAAACGUAAAAGAAAAGAACCUAUAACACUUCAAGAUUAUGCUUUGACUAUUCCAACGGGAGCCACAUGCAGUAUUAAUGAAGAUGAAUGUGUAUCUGUUGACGUUUAUUGGCGAAGAACUGUAUACUUCAGAAUUAUCGAUGAUGUGAUUUCAAAUUUAAAUAAAAGAUUUUCUGAUGAAAGCCUAGAAAUAGCUACACCUAUUGAUAAUUUUUUUAAUUUGAAUAUAAAUGAAAGUUUAUUCUUUAUUAACAGAUACAAUGAUAUUUUAGGAACUUCAUAUAAAAAUUUAAAAGCAGAGAUGAUGGUGUUAAAGAAUUGUCUCAGGAAUAAUUAUUUGCUGGAAGAUGUCAUAUGCGCAUGUUAUCCGGAAGUAUAUCCAAACUUUUACAAGUUAAUGCAAGUUGCAUUAACCAUACCAAUUUCAUCAGCAACAUGUGAAAGAUUAUUUUCCUCGAUGCGGCGCAUUAAGAAUUGGUUACGAACCAAUAUAAUUAAUAAGUUUGCUAAAAAAUCAAGAAGAUUAGAUUAA